AUGGCAUUUGAUGGGCAUCAGAGCAGAUUUCCAAAUUCACUUUUUCCUUCAAACCAGCAUCAGGCCAGUUUCAAUACAGGUGGGGGAGAGAAUGGUAGAGAGGCCUUGCCCUUCGUUUCACCACAGGAUCAGAAAACAGCAGUUGACAUGCCCUGGUCUCACAAUGCUUUUGAUCCCUAUAGCCUCAUCAGUUGUGCCCAGAACAGCAGGAAACCCAGUAAUACACCUGACUAUGACGGAGAGACUGAUCUACUGGGCCUAGUGUCAAAUAUUGUCGAUGAAGAAGAUUCACAAGACAGCUACUUCAGUGAAGGGAGUCUUCCUACAUGUAAUCCUGUCUGGUCUCCAAAGACUUUGAGUGAAGAACUGCUUCAGUAUGUUCAAUCGGAGGGUAAAGCGCAACAACACUCUACCUUUCUUUCAAACUAUGUAUCCCGUGAGGCUUUGGAUAAAGCACAGGGACAAUCAGUGGGCAAAGAUGUUGAGGAGAUUUAUCAACAGUCCAAUGGCCAUUCCACCAAUCAACAAUGGCUUUUUAAUUUGCCUAAUGGAGACCGAAACAGCACUGUCCCACGUCCUCAGAAACUGCCACCAGGUCUAUCAAUCCCCAACACAGGAAACACCUACCUGUCACAGGUACAACAGAGCGGAUAUGACGACAUGCCAGCUGAGAAAAACAGAGGGAAUAGCCAGCCUAGCAACAAUUUAUCUGACCUCAGUAAUGUCUUUAGACCUCAAAGUGAAAUGAACAGCUCAUACUUUACUCCUUAUUACGAAAAGCAGUUCACCCAGAGCAGCACAAAACCCAUCAGUAAUGAGCAGUAUGGGACACAAGACAUUAACCAACUGGUCAGCAGUUUCCGGUCCUUGAUGGCUGGUGAGCCUGGUAGCUUAUGUCGUGGAGACUUCACAAACAUUCACAGGCAGUCAGUGGGCAUGCAGCAUGAAGACAGCGUGGCUGAACAAUGGGAAAUCUCUGGUCCUGCAAUGUCAACACAAAGUCAUCCCGCAAUGCAGAGUCAGAAGCAGCUGGUGGGAGCAUUUGGGACACAGCAGAUUGAAAUAAAUGGAGAAGUGAGGAAACAAACAUUUGAGCGUGAUGCCUUUCAAGAUCCACCUCGUUUCAGCCCACAAAACGCAGAGUACUACCUCCAAAACCAAAGCAACAUGACCCUUCACAGAGAGAACACGUCACUCCCCUUUAACAUGAGCAUGAACCAGUAUUCAAAGCAUCAUUUCCAGCAGGGCCUGAUACAGAACAAGCCACAGAUGCAGAGAGAAGAGAGUAGGAUGCAUAUGCCUCACUUUCUAGGUAAAGGCUUCUCCACUAACACUAACAUGAGAGGGGGGGAUAGGAAGCAGGUCCUCUCACAUAAUCUAAGCCUUGAUCACCUGGGGAGCAUGCAGUCUCGGAGAACUAAUGGAGAAAAUGGCAUGGUGAGUGGUGGGAAUACACAGCAGCUCAGGCCUCCCAUGUAUCCUGUGCAUGACCCCAGAAGAUAUUCCAGCGUUCCCAUGAACGCCUCUCACUUCAGCCCCAAAUCCACACUGCCCUAUGGCAGCGGUGUGACAGCCAUGAAUGUGGGUGAUAGGAUGUCAGCCAGCGAGUCAGCAGUUUUCAACUCCUAUAUCAGUGACAUGAUGACCUGCAGGGGAGAGAACACCUAUCAUGGCAUGGCCUCAGCCCCGACACCGUCAAUGGUGAUGAAUCAGGGAGGACCUGUGAUCCAGCUUUACGUCUACGUGGACGAGUGCUAUGAGCAGUGGAGGUCUUUGGAGCGGGACAGAAAGAGGACAGAGGUAAUUCUUACCAAGGCAUUUCUUGGUAAAAGGACGGCGGCAGUGGUCAGCCCUAACCUCCCCAAAACUCCACCAAAUCCCACAAGAAUCGACCACCUCAUUGUUAAUCAGAUGAGAGAACAAGCAAGGGUGGCAAGCCUUCUGGAUAGGAUGGAGUUUCUGGGCAACACUGCCCUCCACAUGGACAUCCACACCGCCCUGAGCAGGCAUCAUAUGGCCAUCUGCAACACCCAGGCGAGGCACAAGGAGGAGCCAGCCAGCAAACACCAGCGGCAGAGAGCCCAUUUCACAGAGGACACAGACACCCUGUUGAUGGUCAAUGCACUGAAAGACCUGGCUGCUGCCACGAGGAAGAUCCGCACCGCCCUGUGGUGUGCUCUCCAGCUGACACUGCCAAAGACUGUCAAGAGUCCGGAGCCCGAAGUCAACAAGCAGGAGACGCACAGAGAGAGGGGCCCCUCUCCCUUUGAGGGAUACUCCUUUAAGUUAUGA